AUGGAUUCGUUAACGAGCACGUUUUGGUGUUCGGUAGCCAUUGCCUCUUCGUAUGUUCUUGUGCUGUAUAUCAAUCCUCCGCAAGGUCAUCGAGAGUCCAAAAAAGUUAUCAAAUCAAGGCUGGUCAGAGUCAGCCUGUCAACACUUGUCUGUGUGUUACUCGUGCCAGUUUUAAUGACUAAAGUGACACGUACCGCCUAUGACUCUAAAGAAGCAUUUGCAUAUAUGGGACUUACAUUUGACAAGACUACGGUUUUCGGCAUUGCGCGAGCGCUGGUACUGUUCAUUGGUCUUUUCAACGGAUCCCUGAUAGAGUAUCUGUCUUGGGGCCCGGAAGUCAUCUACCGCGAUUUCAAAUCUUUGGAACCUCUUCAAUUCUUGCGGAACAUAGUGAUUGCCCCAAUCACUGAAGAGAUCACAUACACCGCAUCUAUAUUGGGCUUGUAUGGUCCGUUUCUCCAUUCUCCUGCACGCUCCAAAAUAAUAUACCUCUCACCGCUUCUGUUUGGGCUAGCUCACAUCACUCACGCUUACGAUAGUUGGAGACACGAAAGAGCGCCGAUCGCUGCGAUUCUCGCAUCGCUCCUGUUCCGUACACUAUACACAACAUUUUUUGGAAUCCUGACAAACCUAAUCUUUGUCAACUCGCAUUCGGUUUGGACCUGUGUGGUCGCACAUUGCUGGUGCAACUUCAUGGGAUUCCCUCUGUUUACAGUGAAGGGACCUGUGUGGUGGCAGGCAUUAUACUACAUACUGUCGCUGGCAGGAAUCUGGUUCUUUGCCACGUACUUUAGCACAUUGACUACGUCUGACUGA